AUGCUCCCUACUCUGAUGCUACCUGCUCUGAUGCUCCCUGCUCUGAUGCUCCCUGCUCUGAUGCUACCUGCUCUGAUGCUCCCUGCUCUGAUGCUCCCUUCUCUGAUGCUACAUGCUCUGAUGCUCCCAGCUCUGAUGCUCACUGCUCUGAUGCUACCUGCUCUGAUGCUACCUGCUCUGAUGCUCCCUGCUCUGAUGCUCCCUGCUCUGAUGCUCCCUGCUCUGAUGCUCCCUGCUCUGAUGCUCCCUGCUCUGAUGCUAACUGCUCUGAUGCUCCCUGCUCUAAUGCUACCUGCUCUGAUGCUCCCUGCUCUAAUGCUCCCUGCUCUGAUGCUACUGGAAUUGUAUGGUCCACCAUCCGCUUCCCUCCCGACGCGCCGUCGUCCCCCUCCCUCCUUCCCCAUCUCGGCGCUUUCCCGCCGCGGUCUCUUAGCCACCGCCCGUGCCCUUCCGCCGCGUCCCGCGGAUUUUGCCGCCCGCGCCUUCCCGCCCGCGGAUUUCACCGCCGCGACCGCUACGUCGCCGCCCUCUGAUCUCGCCGCCGCGACCCUUUCGUUGUCGCCUGCCCUCCCAGCCGCCGCGACCUUUUUUCAUCGCCGCCUGGCCCUCCCAGCCGCCGCGACCUUUCUCGUCGCCGCCUGCCCUCCCAGCCGCCGCGACCACGCCGUCGCCGCCUGGCCCUUCCGCCGCCGCGACCUUCUCGUCGCCGGCUGCCCGUCCCGCCGCCGCGACUUCCCGUCGCCGCCUGCACAUUCCCCCGCCGCAGCUACCAGCAGCAGCAGCAGCGGCAGCAGCGGAGCAGUGGCAGCAGCGGCAGCAGCGGUAGCAGCGGCAGCAGCGGCAGCAGCGGCAGCAGCGGCAGCAAUGGCAGUAGCGGCAUCAGCGGCAGCAGCGGCAGCCGCACCCGUGACUGCAUCCUCCUUCCCCCCCCUCUCCCUCCUCCUCUCCCUCUCCUCUCUCCUCGCAGCAGCGGCAGCAGCAGCAGCAGUGGCAGCAGCGGCAGCAACGGCAGCAACGGCAGCAGCGGCAGCAGCGGCAGCAACGGCAGCAGCGGCAUCAGCGGCAGCCGCACCCGUGACUGCAUCCUCCUCCCCCCCCCCCCCCCCCCCCCCCCCCUCUCCCUCCUCUCCCUCUCCCCUCUCCUCGCAGCAGCGGCAGCCGCACCCGUGA